ACUCCUCCUUUACUUCAUUCACUUCCUCAUUUACAGGGCAGGAACCUGAUCAGACUAGCUCCCCUAACUUCUUACUCAUCAAGAGGGCUGUUCGUUGUCAUUUAAUAUACGGGGGAGCACUGGAUGCACUGUUUGUAGAACUGCCCACACUCUGUGACCCGGAUCGCAAGCUUGGAGAGAAAGCAGGGGAACCAUGUCUAAGCCACCACCCAAACCAGUGAAGCCAGGGCAAGUUAAAGUGUUUAGAGCGCUGUACACCUUUGAACCCAGAACACCUGAUGAAUUGUAUUUUGAUGAAGGUGAUAUCCUUUACAUUUCAGAUAUGAGUGAUACAAACUGGUGGAAAGGCACUUGUAAAGGAAAAAAUGGCCUUAUUCCAAGUAACUAUGUUGCUGAACAAGCAGAGUCUAUUGACAACCCACUGCAUGAAGCUGCCAAAAGGGGUAACUUGAGCUGGUUGAGAGAAUGUUUGGAAAACCGUGUUGGUGUUAAUGGUUUGGACAAAGCAGGAAGUACUGCAUUGUACUGGGGAUGUCAUGGCGGACACAAAGAUGUUGUGGAAGUACUUCUUUCCCAGCCGAGUAUUGAAUUAAACCAACAGAACAAGCUUGGAGACACCGCCCUGCAUGCAGCUGCAUGGAAAGGAUAUGCAGACAUUGUAGAAUUGCUGCUGGGGAAAGGCUGCAGAACAGAUUUGAGAAAUAAUGAAAACAAGUUGGCACUAGACAUGGCAACAAAUGCUCAGUGUGCCUCCCUGCUUAAAAAGAAACAAGCACAAGGUAUUGUACGAACAGCCAGCAAUGCUGAAGAAUAUCUCGAUGAUGAAGACUCCGAUUAAUUAAUGAUUGCUUUGGAUGGGAUUUUUUUUUUUUUUUUUUUACCACUUCCUGUCUCGUUCUUCCAUAAAUUGCCUUGUAUAUAUUAUUCAAGUAACAGUGCAGGAGGCCUUCUGAACAUCUUGUAUUGUCCCUGUACAGCCACACAGGAGUACAGAGUUUGUACAAUUAACACUGACUGUACUGAUUAAUUCACAAGGCUCAUUUCAGCAAAAUAUAGCCACAAAAGUGCUAAUUCUUGCCACUCUGGAUGUCUGCAAUAUCAUUUCUUUAGAUAUUAAGAAAAAUAGGGAUCAUGGAAUGCCUCAUUAAUAAUCAUUGCCACGGUUCUAUCUACAACCUACUGUUUCAUAGAGCAUACACUUUUAAACAGGCUCUCAGCAUCACAAAGAAUAUAUUGUUCCAAUAACUAUUCUGGGGAAAACAAAGUUUACUCUAACAUCUCUGCUUUGAAUACUUUGCACUUUCAUUUUCAUUCCUUUUAGAACUCUUUGAGGGUUUUUUUUCCUUUCCUUUCACUUUUUUCCCUGCAUGAUUUUUUUUUUGUUUGUUUGUU